AGUGUCAUUCUCACCGUCAGAGAACAAACAUCAAAAACAAUAUUAAUUAACAAAUAAAUAAUUAAAUUAAUACUAUUGAUACGAUGAAAAGACUGAUUUGGACCAAAAUGAUUUUUUUAAAUACUUGAAAUUGAUUAGAGCUUAAAAGUGAUAAUUAUUUUAUGUAUGGAUUUUUAAAUUUUAUUUAUUUAUUGGUUGAGUGAAGACAUGUGAUUUGUGUUAAUAUUGUGCCGAAUACUAUAAUAAUAUUUUGAAUAUAAUAUAAAUUUGAGAAAAAAAAUGCCAAGCCACUCGACGAGAGCAAGUAGUGAAGCCAUACGAAUGGAACCAUUGGGCAGAACAUCAAGCUCAAGAUCUCCAGGACAAAACGGUAUAGCAAAUACAGAAAUACCAGAAACUUCUGAAGACAGUAACACAGGUCUACACAAGAGAAACAUUUAUGAAAAUAAUGGAGGUGUUGUAUGUUCAAAAAAACGAACAUUAUACAUAGCAACAUUUAUUGUUGCUUUAUUAUUUGCAAUAGCUCUUAUUAUUGCAUUUGCAGGACCACAAAAUAAUUGUCCUUGUGCUGGAGAAAAACCUUUAAAUCUAGAAAUUGAAGACGAUGAAGGAGCAGAACCAUUAGCAACAAAUGGCGAGAUUUUUCCUUGGGACAAUGUCAGGCUGCCAACAUUUGCUCAUCCAAUGAGGUACAACAUAACGAUUCAUCCAAAUUUAACAACUCUAGAAGUGAAAGGACAAGUUACGAUUGAAUUUUUCGUCGACAAAGAAACAGAUUUCAUCGUCUUCCAUAGUAAAAAUUUAACAAUCACAGAAAAAAUGGUAGUUAAUCGUAAAGGACAUGAAAUGAAAAUAGAAAGAUUAUUAGAAUAUCCAAGACAUCAACAAUUAUAUUUAGAACUAGAAGACAGUAAAUUUCGUAAACGUGGAAAUUAUACAAUUCAUUUGAGAUUUAUAUCAAAGUUAACAAGUGAACUUGAAGGUUUUUAUAUUAGUUCAUAUACUGAUGCUGAUGGUGAUAAACGUAUAUUAGCAACAACUCAUUUUGAGCCAACUUAUGCUAGAUCAGCAUUUCCAUGUUUUGAUGAGCCUGGUUUUAAAGCUAAAUUUAAAGUUUUUAUAUUUAGAGAUAGAUUUCAUAUUGCAUUAGCAAAUAUGCCAGUUAUAAAUACUGAAGAUGCUGGUUUUUAUAUGGGAACAGGUUUGUUACGUGAUGAAUUUGAAGAAUCAGUUGAUAUGUCAACGUAUCUUGUUGCAUUUGUUGUUUGUGAUUUUAAUAGAAUAUCACAAUUAACAAAUAAAAAUGUUAGUGUAAGUGUUUAUGCAGCAGAAUCAAUGUUACCACAAGCAAAAUAUGCUGUAUCAACAGCUGUUAAAUUAAUGGAUUAUUUUGAAUCAUUUUUUAAUAUUCAUUAUCCAUUACCAAAACAAGAUCUAAUAGCAAUACCAGAUUUUUCAGCUGGUGCUAUGGAAAAUUGGGGUUUAAUUAUGUACAGAGAAACAGCUGUACUUUAUGAUCCAAAUGAAACAUCAACAGCUGCACAUGAAUGGGUUGCUGUUGUUAUUGCACAUGAAUUGGCACAUCAGUGGUUUGGAAAUUUAGUAACAAUGUCAUGGUGGAAUGAUCUAUGGCUUAAUGAAGGUGCUGCAAGUUAUUUUGAAUAUAAAGGUGUUAAUCAUUUAUCACCAGAAUGGUUUAUGAUGGAUCAAUUUGUACUUGAUAAAACUCAACAAGGUUUAGCACUUGAUGCAUUAUCAACAAGUCAUCCAAUAAGUGUAUCAGUUAAAGAUCCAAAUGAAAUUGAAGCAAUAUUUGAUGCAAUUAGUUAUGCCAAAGGUGCAUCAAUAUUAAAUAUGUUACAAGUAUUUUUAGGCGAAGAUAUAUUUCGUAAAGGUCUUAAUGAAUAUUUAAAAACUCAUGCAUAUCGUAAUGCUGAUACAAAUAAUUUAUGGACAGUAUUUACAAAACAUACUAAUAAUAGUUAUGAUGUCAAAGCAAUUAUGGAUACAUGGACACAACAAACUGGUUUUCCAUUAGUUACUAUUAGUAAAAAUGGUACAAUUAUAACAGCAAAACAAAAAAGAUUUUUAUUAACAACUCAUGAUAAUACAACUGAUAAUAAAAAUACAAAAAUAUCAACAAAUUAUCGUUGGUAUAUUCCACUGAAUUAUUAUACAGACAAAGAACCAGAUAAAAUUAGCACAGUUUGGAUGAACAUGACUGAAGCAACAUUUGAAAUACCAGACAAUGUUGAAUAUAUUAAAUGUAAUAUAAAUCAGUCUGGUUUUUAUCGUGUUAAUUAUCCAGAUGAAAUGUGGAAUUCAAUAAUAUCAACACUCAUGAAAAAUCAUAAAAAAUUCACUCCAGUUGAUCGUGCUAAUUUAAUUGAUGAUGCAUUUACACUUUGUCAAGCUGGUGAAAUAAAUGCAACAAUACCAUUAAGAUUAUCAUUAUAUUUGUUGAAUGAAAAUGAUUAUGUACCAUGGGCAACAGCAUUGAAUUAUUUAAAUUCAUGGAAAAAAAAAUUAGGUGAAAGUUCUGGAUAUAAAAGAUAUAUAUCUUAUUUUAAAAAAUUACUUGAACCAGUUAGUAAAUCACUUGGUUGGAAAGAUGAUGGUCUACAUUUGACAAAAUUAUUGAGAAUAUCAGUUCUUCAAGCAGCAGUUGAAUUAAAAUUAGAUGAUGUUGUUAAACCAGCAAAGGAUUUAUUUGAUAAUUGGAUGUUACAUGAUAAAGCAAUACCUCCAAAUAUACGUGAUAUUGUUUAUGUUGCUGGUAUUAGAUUUGGUGGUGAAGCUGAAUGGUUACAUUGUUGGGAUACAUAUAUGAAAACAUUAAUACCAAGUGAAAAAAAAAUUAUGUUACGUGCACUUGGUGCAACAACUGAUCCAUGGUUACUUCAAAGAUAUUUACUUAAAACAUUAGAUAAAAAUAGUGUUAAAUCACAAGAUGUUGAAACAGUUAUAUCAUCAGUUGCACGUAAUUCAGAAGGACAAUAUCUUGCAUGGCGUCAUUUGAAAGCACACUGGCCACAAUUACAUUCACUAUUUGGAAAUGGUUCAUUGACAAUUGGUACACUUAUUGAUACAGUUAUACCAGAUUUUUUUACUGAAUAUGAUUAUCAUGAAGUUACUAAUUUUUUCAAAAAUGUUGAUGUUGGAAAUGGCCAAAGGGCACUUGAACAAAGUUUGGAAACAAUUAAAUUUAAUAUUCGAUGGGUACGUGAUAAUGCUGAUACUAUUGAUGAUUGGCUUAAAGAUUAUUUAAGUGGUUAAUUAUAUUUUAAAUAUAAUAGUCUUGCAUUUGUGUGGAUGUAGCUUUUUAAAUACUGCAUCAAAAAAAAUUUCUUAUAAUUUUAUAUCAAACUUUGAAUGUUCAUUUAUUAAUGACAAAAUUUUGUAAAUUUUUUAAUACUCGUUUGAAUUUAAAUUGCAUAUCGUAAAUUCAUAACAAUGAAAACAAAGCAUUAUUUUGAUGUGUAAAAAUAAAAAACAUGCUAAUCGAUUAUUAUUUUAUAGUGGAACAUAAAUAAAAAUGUUGUGUUGUGUAUGUUAAUGAAAAAAAAAAUAAUCAAUAGAAAAAUGAGACAGUCAUAUUUUACUGUAUGAAAGAAAUUAUAUUAUAUAUGAAAAAAAACAAAAUAUAACACCAGUAAAUAUAUACUAUUUAUAUAUUGCGAUUUAUCGUGACGCUUUCUGUGGAAUUUUGAGUAUUUUAAAAAAAAAUUAUUUUAAUUUAUUUAUUCUCAAAAAUAUCACCGUCCGAUGCAGAAAAUAAAAAUUCCUGAUGAAAAAUAAUCCAUCCUAUUAUCAAUUCAAAAUGAAAAGAAAAAAAAAAUUCAGCUUUUUGAUUAUUUUUAUUUUAAUUUAAUUAAUUACAAAUUGUAAAUAUAAAUGUAUCUGAUUGUGUAGAUUUUUUUUUUUUUUUUCUUUUAUAAGAUAAAAUAUAAAUUUGAAAAGUAAAAAAAAAUGAAACAAAAAGAAAAAAAAAGGAAUGACGCACAACUAGAAAACUUACAUGUAAAUAGAUGAAUAUUUUUUCACUACAAUUUUUCCUGAUUAAAAUGAAAAAAUAGAGUGAACAUAUAAUAACGAUUUGAAUAUGCAAACUAACAACUUUUCUAUUAAAAAAAAAAAAUAAAGUAUGUAUAAGAAUAAAUAAUAUAUGAUGAUAAUAAUUAAUAAGUGUAAAAGAUAAAUAAUAUUAAUAAUAAUGCAAUUUUUAUAAACGCAAUAUAAUAAAUUGAAUGAAUAAAUAAAAUUAAAUAAACAUUUAAUAAAA